CUCGCUGCGCAUUGGAGCAGAUAUAUACCAAAAGUUGGCAUACAUUCAGGUAUAUUGGAUUUAAUUUACACGACUGUGAAUACACAGCUAUAUUGAACUGAGAGUAAAGGUAAACCAUACACAGCCACGAUGUCGAUGGCGGAGGAUUUACAAUCGACUCUUCAGGCUGAACGUGGCCGGACACGGCUCUCGAGUCUUUUCCAUAAUGGACCAAAAGACGCCUGUUACCGGUGUAAACAACAGGUCUACCAGGCAGAAAAGAUAGGCCCGGUCAAAGGAGAGGUGUGGCAUAAAACAUGUUUCAAAUGCUCGAACUGUGGACAGAAUCUCACACUCAAGAACUAUCAAGUGAACCAAACUGACGCCAAGGAUAAAAAUAUUUACUGCUCGGCUCAUGUGCCCAAAGUAGAAGGAUCAAAAUUCGGUCCUGACGCUGUCGUUAUCAGGCGGGCGUUAACGGCUCCGAAAGCUGGAGAUCUUAUUAAUGAACAGAUUCAUAAAGGUGCCGAUAAAUAUAACAUAAACGCAGAUGCCCUCCAUAUUAAAGGAGCUCUUCAGUCACAACUUCUACAGAAGAAUGCAUUCAGUAACAGAUUUGCUAACAAACACAACUUCCCUGCAGUUUUGGUACAGAAACAACAAGAGAUCUUCAAAGCCCAAGAGGAGUUGGAGAGACUACAGAGAGAAGAGGAGGAUAGAUUGUACAAGACAUUCCAGGCAGAGAGGGAGCAGAUGCAAAAGGAGCUCACCACUGAAAUAGAAGGAGAAUGGGAAAAAAGACUUGAAGAACUCACUGCGAGGUUUGAUAGCGAAAUGAAAGGAAAGAAAAAGAAAGUCGUAGAUAGAAAGACUCUCUCAUCUCACUAUGAACGUGAGAAGGACGAGUUGCAAAAGAACAUGACAAUAAAGCGACAGAAAAAGAAACAGAACAUGACACUGAAACUAAUAGCUCAAGAGCAGGAGCAGACAAGUGACUUAGUGAAGAAACACAGCGCACAAAUGUUAGAACUCAUACAACAGAAGAAAAUCGAGCUUCAAAGAGAAUUGGAGCAAGAACUGAUGAAGCAACAAGCCGUCGAAGAACAGAAUGGUCAAGAAUCAAACGAGAACGCAAAUGAGGAGGAUGAGGGCGUAAGUGAACUGAAUGUAGAGGAUGCCCUAGUAAACAUGAUCUCUCCAGUCCCUGGGGAACUCCCGCCUCCUCGACCGGCAUCUUGUAGGAAGAGCGACAUUUAUACAGAUCCAGCCAUAUUCAAAGAACUGGAUGAGCAUGUGUUCAGUAUUGCUGAGGCAGAACAGGCAUCGUGGACAGAUUUAGUGAGCCAGUUAACCAGUUAUUGUAUCACCGACUUGGAGAAAGUAAGGUCUAUAUUCCGAUGGCUGACGGUGAAAGACCUGAACGUCAUUGACUUUGAAGACGACGAAGAGGAUGAUGAUACCCCUGUGGGACUGCUCAGAGGCAUCAAACUUGGUACAGAGACCUACCAUGUACUCUUUAUGAGACUUUGCAGCUUCUCUGGUAUUCCUUGUGUGGAGAUAAAGGGACACUCGAAGAGUGUUGGAUACGAGCCUGGGAUGCGCAUGCGCUCCGAUACCUUUCAGAACACAUGGAACGCUGUCCUCAUCGCUGGAGAUUGGAGACUGGUCCAGUGUAACUGGGGUGCUAGGCAUUUAGUUCUUAACAAGGACAUGAAGAAGACAAAACAAGAGAAGAAGACGAAAACCCAGGACAAGAUCCGCUAUCAAUAUGAUGAGCACUACUUUCUCACUGACGCGGAUGAAUUCAUCCAAGAGUUCUGGCCAGUUGACAGAGAUUGGCAGCUUCUUCACAACCCAAUUACCCUUGAGCAGUUUAUAGAUUUACCUUUUGUCAGGAGUAUAUUCUUCCACUACGGAAUGAAGUUCGAAGGCAACAAGCAUGCUGUGUUAUACACUGACAGCAAAGGAGGAGUAGAGAUCAAAAUAAAGGUCCCCCGCAUAUAUCUUGAGGACAUUGUGUUCCAUUACCAGCUCCGGUUCGCCGACAGGGAGUUCAGACAAGAGACAGAGUACAAGGGCGCUAAACUAGAGCGUUUCGUGUUUCACUCCAUUGUCGAUGAUACAGCUUUAUUCAGUGUUCAUGUCCCCACAAUGUCUGAUUACUUCUUGGAGAUUUUUGCAAACAGGAUUGAUGAGACGAAUAAGAUAGGUGAUGACCCAUCAGCCCAGAUGAUGCCUUUCAGAUUGAAGUGCGCUUGUAAGUUCAAGGUUGUGUGCACGGAGCUGAUGGGCAAGAUGCACCCUCUCCCUAACUGCGCUUCAGGGGAGUGGGGACCCUGGAAGGGCCUUCGACAUUUCAAUAUCCGACCAAUCACCAACAGAACUGGUGUGCUUAAUCAAGAUAACGGGUUUGAGCUGCAAUUUGAACUCCCGAGGAAACUUCAUUUCCUCACAAAAUUACGAGCUAAUGGAGUUGAUGACCAUAUUUUGGACAAUUUUGUGAGUCACAGUGUCGUUGGAAAUAUCAUGACCGUGAGGGCACGCAUGCCUCAGCCCGGGCAGUAUGGGCUGGAUAUAUACGCCCGCAGGGAGGAUGCCGCCGAUUCGCAUACACUGGCACACGCCUGCAAGUACCUCAUCAACUGUGCUCACGUAAAAGAACCUGUUGAGCUUCCUGUGCUGAAAGUGGAUCAUGCAGAAAAAAUGACAAAAGACAAAUGGGGACCUUCUCCACAGUUCGAAAAAUUUGGAUUGAAAGCGUUAAGUCAUAGGGAUCCAAAGAUCCAUCUCAAAGACGCUGGUGAUGUAUGUAUCGUUCUCGGAGUACAAAGCCCCGUUCAGCUCACAUACCAUCUUAUCCGGGAGCCCGAUGAAGACCACAGGGACCACGUUAAUGUUGUCCGGGAAGACAAGAAGUCUGUCAAGUUCUUUAUUAACCUAUCUAAGCACGGUCACUAUUUGUUCGCAGUCUAUGCCAGGAAAGACGGCAGCAGGAACGGAGACCAGAGUCUUGUAAACGUCUACAAUUAUAUGAUCAGGUAUGGGAUCGAAGACAUCAAGUCAGCCACAAAGUCAGUGCAGCUGAAAAAAUCUUUCUUCAAGAGAUGAAGUAGCUAAGCUAAAUGAAUAGCGGGAAAUGUACAAGAAAUAUAGACAACAGACAGCCACCGAACCGGUCCCAGCCUCGUGAAACAUCCGUUUGGGGAAACGGGCCAUGUCCAAUCGUUUGACAAAAUUAUCUAUGCAAUUAAAUACACCACAUGAAAUUGCGUUGAUUAACGUCAAUUAUUGACCCGAUUUAAAUCGCAUAUCGACCGAUUUUGAUUUUAGAUUACAUUUACGAAUUAUGGAUUUGUGAGUAGUAUGUACAUGAAGUAGUACUACAAAGUCAGUACUGGUGCAGAAUAUUGAUAUAGAUGCUUAUACUGCUGAUAUAUGUUUAAUAUAUUAUUAAUAUAUAAUUAUCAUUAUGUUUAUAGUAUUAUAGUAUAGUACUUUGCUUUGGUUAUUUUAUUUCACAGCAUCAAGUAUGUUAUAUUCGUUUAAUUUUUGAUACACGACCUUCUGUUUAUGUAAAUGUUACUUUCCAGUUUUUAGCUGAAAAUGCUGAAUGUUCAAAUUGCUUUUUAAAUUUUCACUUAUUCAAAUUAUCAAUAUGCAAGUGGUCAGGCCCGUAGCCAGGUUGGUUCUAGGGGUGCGACUGUA